AGAAAAAUAUGUAAAACAAGAAUCACAUGAGAGAAAUGAAACAAAGCUUCCUUUCCCAGCUAUAGAAUGAUUGUUGGCUGUUAGAGCUUCACCCACGAAUAAUCCAGAUUCUAAUUAAUUUUCAAAUUACAUUUGAAAGUGAGGUGCCACUGCAGCAGCAGCCAUCCAUACCCAAUUUUCAUUGCUUAAUUAUCUAUCCAGUGCAUAAAAUCUUUCUAGUAAUCGGAUUUAAUUCUAUCCCAGAAAAGAUUUGAUCACUGGCAGCUGCUGGGGGCCAAGCUCAAGGCAAUAAGCAUAAGAGCCUAUGGCUUGGCAACAUCAAAACAUUUUGUGCAAUUCAAAAACAUUUUUUCAUACAAUGUGGAAGACUAUACUUCUUCUUCUUCUUCUUCUUGUUUUCUCUCAUGUUGCUUCCUCUCAGACGAUUAUUGAGACUCUUCCUGGUUAUCCUGGGAAGCUUCCCUUCAAAAUGGAAACUGGAUAUAUUGGGGUAGGAGAAAUGGCGGAUGUGCAGCUAUUCUAUUACUUCUUUGAGUCUGAGAGGGACCCUGUUUUUGAUCCUCUCCUGCUCUGGCUCACAGGAGGUCCAGGUUGCUCUGGUUUCUCUGCAAUUGCUUUUGAAAAUGGUCCAUUAGCUAUUGAUCGUGAUAAAUAUAGUGGGGGCUUACCAUCUCUUAAAUAUAAUCCAUACUCUUGGACAAAGAUUGCUAGCAUCAUAUUCAUAGAUGCACCAGUUGGAACUGGAUUUUCCUAUGCAACAACCACAGAGGCUGCCAAUACCUCCGACACAUUAUCAGCAUCACAGACCUAUAAUUUCCUAAGAAAGUGGCUGGUGACUCACCCCAAGUUUCUUGGAAACCAAGUGUACAUUGGUGGAGAUUCCUAUUCAGGCAUAAUUGUUCCACUCUUAGUGCAAGAUAUACUCCAGGGAAUUGAAAGUGGGUUGAAGCCAAGUAUCGAUCUCCAGGGGUACUUGCUUGGUAAUCCAGUGACGGACUAUUACAUUGAUGAUAAUUCCAGGAUACCAUUUAUUCACCGAGUGUCGCUUAUAUCAGAUGAAUACUAUGAGGAUGCUAAAUUGUAUUGCAAUGGUGACUACUUGAAUGUAGAAUCCAACAACACUCUAUGUGUAACAGCCCUUCAAAAUAUCAAACAGAGCAUAUUACAACUUAAACUUACACAAAUUUUAGAACCUCAAUGUGCCUUCUCAUCCAAGAAACCAGGUGAACUAGAAUGGGAUAUUAGAUCUCAGGAAGCAAAUGUUAUUGAUUCACUCCAAGCUAAUAAACUUCCUGAAUUGCGCUGCAGGGAAUUUGGUUAUGCACUCUCUUACAAAUAUAUGAAUAAUGAAACAGUUCAAAGCGCUCUUGGCGUUCGAGAGGGUACACUGAAAACUUGGAAUAGGUGUGUCAAAACAUUUCCUACCUACACAGAAAAUGUUCAGAGUAGUGUUUAUGUUCACAAAAAUCUCUCCCAGACAGGUCUCAGAGCUCUGAUAUAUAGUGGAGAUCAUGACAUUUCUGUCCCUUAUGUGGGUACACUAGAAUGGAUCAGAUCCCUUGAAAUUGCUGUUUUUGAUGAGUGGCGGCCUUGGUAUGUUGAUGGUCAAGUUGCAGGAUACCAAACCAAGUUCAUGAAUGAGCACUUCCGAUUGACAUAUGUGACUGUAAAGGGAGGUGGUCACACAGCUCCAGAGUACAAACCCAAAGAAUGUCAAGCCAUGGUUGAUAGGUGGUUUGCUCGUUAUCCAAUCUGAAGAGGUGUAUUAUUAGUAAAAUUAAUUCUAAGUAUUUCAGUUUCGCAAUGUAGGCAUAAGGAAUGUCAUUAACAUUUGUGGUACUUCCAAACAAAUUCAAGUAUACACGGUUUUAAUUAAGACUUUAA